AUGCCACUGCGAUCGCCACUGAUCGUCGACACCGACGACGAUUCCGUCGUGGGCGUGGCCGCCACCAAACGUAAAUCGCCGUCCGGAGGUGGGCCGACCAGGGUCGGUAGUCUGGCGAUGCGCAACUUCGUUGUCUCCUUGCUUCUGUGCUUACGACCUACCGGCAGCAGCUGGAUUUUCUCCGGAAUCCCCGCACAAGAACUCGACGAAGCUCGCGACAUAGGCCGGAAAGCUAAAGUCGACUACUUGAAUAAUAUCGUUGGGCAACCGGACCAUCUAAAAAGGAACUCUCUCUAUCUGGAUGGCCUCGAGCAGUGCAAUAACAUCGAUCGGAACUGGACAGAUCAUAUCCAAAACGAGGCUCUGCAGCAUGGAAAUGUGGAAAAUGCAGUAUGGUUGGAGAAAGCUGGUAUGAAGAUGUUUACAUCUCUAUUCAUGACGUUACCCGAGCAUCAUAUGAGCCGGAUAGCUAAAGCCGCAUGUGCAAAGCAUGAAAAACAACUGACGUGUGGCGCUGAAUUCGAAGGCGCAGAGAUCACACGAAAACGAAUCGACAACUUGAAAACGAUAGGAAACCAUAAGAUGAUGUUCGAGAAAGAAUGCAACGAUAUCGACUAUGUCACGACCGUAUAUCCAUGUGUAGGUCGCGGCGUAGACAAGUGGAUUCGCCCCUGUGCUGAGGAUGUGAACGCUUAUUCAACAAUUCGAGAUAGCGUCAAUCAGCGAAUCGGAACAACCUAUGACACUGCCGUGGAGAAAGUCAAAGCCCUUAAGGGAAGCAGUAAUGGAGAGGAGGACAUUAGAACAUUUACCCAAGCAAUGGAUACUAUAGUUCAUUUGGAAGGAACCAAAUGUGGGCUAUUUAGAAAGAUGAGAGUAUGUGUCUUAAGACAGAUCCUGGAUAACUGUGGCGUCGAGGCUAUGAAAGCGUUCAAUACAAGCAUAAGCCUUGGUUAUCUUCGAACGGAAAGGCUAGAAAGGCUCAACUUAGAUUUCGAGGUUUUCAACUAUCCGGUUCACCCGAAUUGUGUGGGUUUAUGAGACGGCACUGUGUACAACUUCGGAAAAAUUGAAUUUUUAUGAAAAGUUCCUUGCAAGAAUGUGAUCGAAGCUUAUCAAUUGUGAUAUGUACUGCUGAAAAUUUGUAGUAUUUGACUGUAAGCCUUGUAUGAAGAGUUUGCUCAUGCAACUAAUGUGUUCGAGACACUAGUAGGGUUAGUGCAAAUCUAUACUUCUAAUCAAUACUUCUAUUUUCUAAUAAAAAUUCC